AUGGAUUUGAAGGCUUUAUUUGGUUGGGAGGAAUUGGAAGGAAAAGAAAAGAAAGGAAAGGGCCUUAAAAAACAAAGGAAGAAUGAACCCUCAUUUCACCUUCCACCAGGACCAAAAGGGCUUCCCCUUAUUGGAAACCUACACCAAUUUAACCCUUCAAAACCUCACAUCUACUUUGCUAACCUAGCCAAGAUCCACGACCCGAUUUCAACGAUCCGAUUCGGAAGUGCACCGGUUGUGGUGGUUCAAUCGGCCAAGACGGCGAAAGAGGUCCUUCAUACACAAGACUUAAACUUUUGUUACCGACCAAAUUUGAUAGCAACACAAAGGCUAAGUUAUAAUGGGUUAGACUUAGCUUUUGCUCAAAGCUUUGAGUAUUUUAGAGAGAUUAAGAAGAUUUGUGUUGUUCAUCUUCUUAGCUCUAAAAGAGUUGAAUCGUUUGCUCCAAUUAGACAAGAAGAAGUGUUGAGGAUUUCGAAAAAGGUUUCUUCUGGUUUAGAGAUUGUUAACUUGAGUGAGAUGUUAAUGAGUUUUGCAAGCUCCAAUAUAUGCAGAACUGCCUUUGGCAAGAGGUAUGGUGACGAUGAAGCCUCCAACAGGAGCAGAUUUCACGGCCUUCUAAACGAUGCUCAGGCCAUGUUCACGGCCUUCUUCUUUACGGAUUAUUUUCCUUCAAUCGGCUGGCUCGAUAAGCUAACCGGACAAUCCUCUAGGCUUGAAAAGACAUUCAAGGAUUUGGAUGUGUUUUAUGAUGAAAUCAUUAAUGACCAUCUUGAUACGAAGAGACUUGAAUCUGAACAAGAGGAUAUCAUUGAUGUUUUGCUUCACCUUAGGAAAGAGCGUGCCUUUUCAUUUGAGCUCACUAUAGACCACAUCAAAGCGGUCCUUAUGAAUAUGUUUGUAGCAGGAACAGAUACAAGCGCAGCAAAGGUAGUUUGGGCAAUGACGGAGCUAAUUAAGAACCCAACCGCGAUGAGGAAAGUACAACAAGAGCUUCGUAAUUCAGCAGGAAACAAAGGUUAUAUAUCAGCAGAUGUUGGAACUUAUACUUCCGGUGUGAGUGUAUUGUUGGAUGAUGGUGGAGUAUUGGUUUUAGGGAUAGCAGAAGUAGAAGUUCAUGCUGGAGAAUUCAAAGAAGCGUUUAUUGUAGGUAGUACUUUCAUUGGAGGAUUCUUUGUGACUUAUGUCAAAUUGUCCUCCAAGAUGAAAUCAUACGAGUAUGGGUGUUCUUUAUUUUUCAUAGCUGAAUUUCUCAUUCUUUUCCUCUCAAACACAUUAUCCUUCAUUCUUCACAUUGGAGUUACGGUGUAUGUGUGUGAUUGGUUAAUGAUCAAUGGUGUAUUUUGGAGCAGGAAGCUGAUUCAUGGUGUCUUUAGUUUUUCUCUCAAAGCUCACGAGCUUCCAAGGCUCAACAAUGGCUUCUUGCUUUCUUCUUCCUUUCUUCUUCCUAUUUCCUCAAUUCUAACAGCAGAUGAUCUACCAAAGCUUGAAUACCUCAAAGCUGUGGUCAAAGAAACGUUAAGGUUUCGUCCUGCAGCUCCAGUGUUAAUAGUUAGGGAAACACUCCAAAAAUGCAGUAUAGAAGGAUACGAUAUUCUACCAAAAACCCUCGUGUUUGUUAAUAUAUGGGCUAUCGGAAGAGACCCUGAAACUUGGAAGGACCCGGAAGAAUUUAUUCCCGAGAGGUUUUUGGGAAAUUCAAUCGACUAUAAAGGGCAGGACUUCGAGUUGAUUCCUUUUGGUGCUGGGAGAAAAAUGUGCCCUGGAAUGCUUCUUGGUGUUGCAAACUUUGAGCUUGCACUUGCCAAUUUGUUGUACUCUUUCGACUGGGAAUUGCCUGUUGGUAUGGAAAACGAAGAUAUCGACACUGAUACAUUGCCUAGUGUCACUAUGCAUAAGAAAAAUCCACUUUGCCUGGUGGCAAGGAGUUAUUCAUAGUUUCCUCGAGCCUCAAAUCCAUCCAACGAUUAUGCUAUAUCCAUACAUAAGCAUAAUCAGUAGAUGCCAACUAAUUUAGUUGGUAAAAUGUUAAGGGAGUGAUAUAUACCUAAACUUACGAUCGAAUCCCGUCUACAAUAAUUUCUUUUUGCAAAAUCAUGUCCAUAAAUCAAAUUCCAUUGUCUAUUAAAGAUUGUGUACCAUACUACGUACGUUACCAUGCACAACAUCUUAUAUUUUCAAGUUUCAACAUGCAUGUAUAAAUCUAUUGCAUAUUGAAUGGCAAUAUCAGCUUUCUAAUUAUACGUAAUCGUACUACAUUAAGCAAUUAUUUUAUUUU